CGCGCUCUCUGCGCUCCCCCAAAGUGGCUGCAAGGCGGCCGCCCACUUUCAGGGUUUGGGGGACUGGGAAAGUGAUGCGCGCCUUCUAGAGCCUCGCCGAGCCGCCGCCAACUUUCUCCUCCCAGCGCUUCUCGGCCCUGCGCUCAGCCCUCCCCAGAGCCGCUUAGGGUGCGUGCGCUUGGGUAGGGGGUCGUCGGCUGCCUGGGAUGGCUUCCAAUUUUAAUGACAUAGUGAAGCAAGGGUACGUGAGGAUCCGCAGCAGACGCCUGGGGAUUUAUCAGCGCUGUUGGUUAGUAUUCAAGAAAGCUUCAAGCAAAGGUCCAAAAAGACUGGAAAAAUUUUCCGAUGAACGCGCUGCAUAUUUCCGGUGUUACCAUAAGGUUACGGAACUGAACAAUGUGAAGAACGUAGCUCGGUUACCAAAGAGCACCAAGAAGCAUGCCGUUGGGAUUUACUUCAGUGACGACACCUCCAAGACCUUCGCUUGCGAGUCAGAUCUUGAGGCUGAUGAAUGGUGCAAAGUGCUCCAGAUGGAGUGUGUAGGGACACGGAUCAAUGACAUCAGCCUCGGAGAGCCGGACUUACUAGCCACGGGGGUUGAGAGAGAACAGAGUGAGAGAUUCAAUGUGUAUUUGAUGCCAUCUCCUAACUUAGAUGUCCAUGGCGAAUGUGCCUUGCAGAUUACAUAUGAGUAUAUCUGUCUUUGGGACGUCCAGAAUCCCAGAGUCAAACUCAUCUCUUGGCCGCUAAGCGCCCUGCGGCGGUAUGGACGUGAUACCACGUGGUUCACUUUUGAGGCGGGGAGGAUGUGUGAGAGUGGUGAAGGGCUGUUUAUCUUUCAGACGCGAGAUGGGGAAGCCAUCUAUCAGAAAGUCCACUCCGCUGCCCUGGCGAUAGCCGAGCAGCAUGAGCGCUUGCUACAGAGCGUGAAAAAUUCAAUGCUCCAGAUGAAGAUGAGUGAGCGGGCCGCCUCGCUGAGCACCAUGGUGCCCCUGCCCCGCAGCGCCUACUGGCAGCACAUCACACGGCAGCAUAGCACGGGACAGCUCUACCGCCUGCAAGAUGUCACCAGCCCUCUGAAGCUUCAUCGGACAGAGACUUUUCCUGCCUACCGAUCUGAGCACUGACAGGAACUGCCAAGAAUUGUGACCACACCUCCUGUGACAUGCCAGCCACAGAGCCACGUAGGAGGUCCCAGGAUGGCAGCGAGGGAAGCCAUGACGGAGAGAAGCAGCUACGCGUCCUGGCUUCAUUGUGCGGUCACUGGGAAGUUUUGCAAUACAAUUUCUUUCUUCUUCUUCUUUUUUGUUUUUUAAGUCUCAGCAUAAUCUGAACAUGCUCUACAGGUACUUUUUGUUUCCUCUUUUACAGCUGGACAGAGAGGAGUCAAUGCCACACAAUGAUUUUCUAUUGUAGAUACCAUGUCCCUUGCCCUUCUCUGAUUUUUGUGGUUCUUGUGAUUUUUUUCCUUCUCAGUGUUUCAAUUGUAUGAUGGUCAGAAUCGACAAUAAAAUGACUCUGAAUUAUUUGUCACUUGUUUACACCGUAUUCCUCAGUUACUAGUACUGUAGUGCUGGCUAACUACUGGAGAUGGUAUUGGAUUAUAUUACCAAUUAGUUAAAUCAGUCUUUGCCUCACCCACAAUGUUCAGAAACGCCCUUUCCAAGGACCCGUUAGUAUUGUUUACAGGGUUGCGGUUUUCUUCUCAGAUGCUCUCAGAUCUGUGCCCCACCCUUUUUUAAAGCCUUUAUUUUGUUUGGAGUACCUUCAUAAAAGCAAAAUAAAAGAUUAUUCUU